CUCUUUUGCUGCUUCCUUCUAUGCUUAUUUAUUGCUUCUACUAGGGUUUCUCUCUUCACAUUUCAGCUUCACUGUCCAUAAUUUCACAAAUCAAAAUGUACGCUGUUCCUCCUCAUCGAUCAGAUCCGUCCACAAACGGGUCGGAUGUGCUCAUGAUUUACGAGACUUGGAAAGGCUCCAAUAAAUUUUUUCUUCAAGGAAGGUUUAUUUUUGGACCAGAUGUCAGGUCCCUGGCCCUCACUAUAUUCCUGAUCGUGGCUCCAGUGGCUGUUUUCUGUGUCUUUGUUGCUAGAAAGUUAAUGGAUGAUUUUACUGAUCACUGGGGAACUUCAAUAAUGGUUAUCGCCAUAGUUUUCACAUUUUAUGAUUUAGUUCUUCUCUUGCUAACAUCUGGCAGAGAUCCAGGUAUAAUUCCACGAAAUGCACACCCACCAGAACCCGAAGGCUAUGAUGGUAGCGUAGAAGGAGCUCAAACACCACAGUUGCGCUUGCCUCGCAUUAAGGAAGUGGAAGUUAAUGGCAUUACAGUGAAGAUCAAGUAUUGCGACACCUGCAUGCUUUAUCGACCUCCCCGCUGCUCUCACUGUUCAAUAUGCAAUAACUGUGUUGAACGGUUUGACCAUCAUUGCCCCUGGGUUGGACAGUGCAUAGGAUUGAGAAACUACCGGUUCUUCUUCAUGUUUGUUUUCUCGACAACGCUACUUUGCAUAUAUGUCUUUGGUUUCUGCUGGGUUUACAUUAAGAGAAUCAUGGAUACUGAGCAGACAUCAAUAUGGAGAGCAAUGAUCAAGACCCCUGCUUCCAUUGUUUUAAUUGUCUAUACCUUUAUAGCUGUUUGGUUUGUUGGAGGUCUUACUGCAUUCCAUCUGUAUCUUAUCAGUACAAAUCAGACUACUUAUGAGAAUUUUAGAUAUAGAUAUGAUCGCCGUGCCAAUCCCUACAACAAAGGAGUAUUGGAGAACUUCAAAGAGAUAUUUUGUGGCCCUACACCUCCAUCAAAGAACAAUUUUAGGGCUAAGGUACCGAUAGAACCUGCUUUACCAGCUCGAUCUGUAGCUGGUGGUUUUGUUAGUCCUAAUAUGGGUAAAGCAGUAGAAGACAUUGAGAUGGGAAGGAAAGCAGUAUGGGGAGAUGUUGGUUCUGUGUUAGAUCAUCCUGAAGGCCAAUUGAGCGAUAAUGAUGGCUUAAACGGAAAGGAUGGUGGAUUAGGUGAAAUGUCCCCAGAGAUAAGGACUACAGUAGACGAGGGUGAUCGUGCAGGAAUACAUCCGAGGCGUUCAAGUUGGGGAAGGAAAAGUGGUAGCUGGGAAAUGUCACCGGAAGUCCUUGCUUUGGCAUCUAGAAUGGGUGAACCGAACCGAACAGGUGGGAGUAGCAGCACCGUCCGAUCAACAGAACCCAAGUUAUGACAUACAAAUCAUUUGCAUGCUGGGGGAGAACCCAUUUGUUGAUGUUUGGUAUGUUGUGAAAGUCUGAACUAUGGUGAUUAGUUGCAUGAUGUUGGACUUGGCUUUGAUGGGGUGUGCAGAAGUGUUAUUUGGGUAUUGCUUUAGGAGAAGGAAUGUUUGUGGUAUGAGGGUUGCUUUCUUAUCCCUAAUCCUGUAUUGUAUUUGUUGAAUUAGUUAUAGUUGAUCCUAUCUCUCUCCCUGUCUCUCUAUCUGCCCCAGUGUGACUGUACUUGUGUUGACCAUUGAUUGUGCUUCUCGUGUUCCUGUGGGCUGUAAGUUUUUCUGAUUU